UCGACAGAAAGUCGCAGACCGGAAGUCUGAGGCAAAAGUCGUCUGAGGGUUUUUUGACAGUUUCUCUAGUAAACACGCGUCAACAGAGGCGGGGAACGUACCGCACCGCACCGCACCGGCGCCGAGUUCCGGGUCAGAACCGAACAGAACCGCAGAGAUGGAGCAGGAGAAUAUUUUCUACUUCGUUCCCAAUUUGAUCGGUUACGCCCGCGUGGCGUUGGCCCUCCUCUCCUUCUACCUGCUGCCCUGCUGCCCGUGGCCGGCCGUCUUCUGCUACCUGCUCAGCGCUCUGCUGGACGCCUUCGACGGCCACGCCGCCCGGGCGCUCAACCAGUCCACCAGGUUCGGGGCAAUGAUGGACAUGUUGACCGACCGCUGUGCGACCAUGUGUCUGCUGGUCAACCUGUCGCUGCUCUACCCGACCUACACCUUUCUGUUCCAGCUCAGCAUGUGUCUGGACAUCGCCAGCCACUGGCUGCACCUGCACAGCUCCACCAUCACAGGAUCGGCCAGUCACAAGUCCAUCGACCUGUCGGGGAACCCUGUCCUCCGGAUCUACUACACCUCCAAGCCGGUUCUGUUCGUCAUGUGCGCUGGAAACGAGCUCUUCUUCUGUUUACUCUACGUCCUGCAUCACAUCUCUGAACCUGCUGCGUGGCUCUACUGGCUGCUCGGUCUCUGUGGAACCAUCUGUCUGCUGAAGUCCGUCAUCAGCCUCAUUCACCUGGUCACCGCCUCUCAGAACAUGGCCGCCCUGGACGCCGCCGAGCGGGCGGCGGCCGCCAAGAGGCAGUGAGUGGGCGAGCGAGAGGCGGGUGAGAGAGUCGAGUCCACCAACAAUCUUUAAUUAAUUGUUAUCAUCACUGACUUCAUCAUCAGAAAGUUGUUGUUUUUUCUUUUAUGACCAAAUAUCACGACAUCAGAGAAAUUCCAGACGUGGAAAACGAGCGGGAGACGAACGACUCGCUCAGUCGAAUCUAUAAAGUCAUAUUAUAACAUAAACAUACAGUUGGUGGUCUUGUCUGAUCUGUAACAAUCCAUCCAUAAAAAACAAUCUGUGAACUGAUCAUGUGAUUGAGCAGCUGAUAACUUAUCUUUUCGUUUGUCUCGUCGGAAACAAAGACGUCUUCACUUUGUUUCUUUUGUUUCGACCAAAAUAUGAAUUGAUUGAUCUGAAGAGAGAAUAAUGUGUAAUAAUUUAAUAAUCUCCAGCUGCAGAAGCUCGAGCAAUAUUUCUAUUUUAACUUUCCACCUCGUUCAAAAGAAGAAGAAAUGUCAUUUCCAGCUUUAUUCGUAUUUUAUGAAAUUGUUUAGGAUUAGAUUUUUUCUGUACAGCAAAAAAUAAAUCAUGUCUUAUUUAUUUAUUUAGAUAAUUUCAUAAUUAUGUGAUUUCGGUUUUUGAGGUUUUUUUCCACAGGUGUAAGUGUUUAUGAUGAAAGCAUAUCUGAGAGAAAUGAUGUGAUUAUUGAUUAUGAAGUCAAUAGUGGUUAAUAAUCCUCUGUCUGAAUGAAUCAGUAUUAAAGUCUAGAUCAGAUCAGAAAGUGUCAAAUCUCACGAGUCAAAUCAAAACAUUCAUAUUGUUUAACAUAAAGUUUUGUACGUGACGUCAGAACUUCCUCCUGCUGAAGAAAAGAUUCACAAAGUUUCACGUUCACGUCUUCAUGCUUCAAUAUUCCUUCAGUGUUGAUGGAGAUUGUGCUUUUUUUUAUUCCUGAUCUUUAUCUGUGGUAGGUUUGUUUUUUAUUAGACACAUUAUGAAGUUAUGCAGGUUCAUAAAAGACAAGGAGUGUUUUAUGUUUUAUACCGUUUGAGCUGCUGAUGAACAUCAAGCCACGUUUCAAUGUGUUGAGAUAUUAGAAUGUUUUAUUAUGAGACAUGAACACGAACCAAGGAGCCAAACGCUGAUGUGGUAUUUAAAAUAUGUUUAUUGUAAUUCAUACGUUUGCUUUUGUUUGAGGUGCAGGUUUGAACAUUUACUGUCAAAGAAAAUAAAAACGAUGAAAACCA